AUGUCGAUGAAGGUAAGCGUUUUAUUCCGAUUUUGAAAAAAUUCAAUGUUAUUCAGAUUCAAUAUCGUCGAUCAGCAGAUGAAAUCGGAAACGGAACCCCAAUUGUAAAAUGGCGACCAAAUUCGCAUGCUCUCGCAGUUGCUUGUCCAAAUCAAAGUGUCAUUUAUUAUGACAAAAAAGGAAAUAUAAUUGAUGCUGUUGAAAUGACUGGACCAGUUUUAGAUAUUGCAUGGGAUAAAGAAGGCGAUGUUCUUGCAAUUGCACAAACAAGUAUGUCAACUAUCACUUUAUGGGAUGUUAAUUCAAGAUCAACGGAUAUUGUCGAAAGUGGAGCAGCUUCCACGAAGUAAGAUUUUGUCUUGGUUUUUGGAAGGCUCUCAUGUCUUGGUUUCAGAGAAGUUCCAACAUGUAUGACUUGGUCACCAGUGAGUUCCACUUUGGUUGUUGGAAAUAAUGGUGGAAAUUUGUUGGUGUAUAAUCAUAGAAAUUCAAGAAAAGUAUCAUUGAUGGGGAAACAUCAAAGAAGUGUUGCUUAUGUUAGAAUAACUAAUGAUGAUUUGAUUGUUUCUUGCAGUGAUGAUAACACGAUUUCCAGUAAGUUUUAUAAAAUCAGUUCCAAACGGCCAGAUCGGAUUUGGGAUUUCUAGAUUCCGGAACCGACAGAUUUCUCAAGGCGAGAAAAAAACAGCUUGUAGAUCAAAAAAAUUUGCGAGUUUAAAAAUUACAACUUUUCAGAAAAUUUUUAAACUUGACUCUGAAACUCAUAAAUUUUGAAUUUCUAGUCACUUGAUAACAAAAAAAAUGAUUUUUGAAAAGCAAGUUUGCAUGAAAAUCUUGAAAUUUUAAAACUGUGAGUUUCACACUCAUAAUAUUUUUUGAUCUACCCAAAAUAAGUGUGCGGAACCUUGCCAUUUAGGCUCAACCCUUUAUUGAAUUUUUCUGCAGCAGCGGUUUUUCAUUGGAAAAGGUUCUGUUUUCUGAAGCUUUCCACACCAAACCAAUGUUCAAAUGGUUUUUUUCUAUCGAGAGUUAUGCAAAAUUAUUUUUACUAAAAUGUUUGGAUUUUUUUCUCUCUCUCUGAAGUUUGUUCUUUUGCUCAUGAAUAUUGUUUUUCUAGUAUCAAGUUUGGAUGGUCAAACAAUUGCAACAUCUACAGUAAGCGGAGAACCAACUUUUUUAGAAAUUGGACAAGUUGUUAGAUCUGGCACCACUACUCAGACCAUGGUAAGAUUAAUACCCUCAACACAAAUUCAGAAUCAUUUUUGUCUUCAGAUUAGCUGCAUUCUUGGCAAGAAAAUCUUGAUGUUAGCUGAUGUGACAAGCCUCGAUAAUCCAGUCAAUUUACAAUUUCAAGAAAGAUAUGGAAAUAUAACAUCAUAUUCUUGGUAUAAUGAUGGAUACCUCUCAAUUGGUUUUGAUAAAGGUUACAUCGUUUCAAUAUCAGCUCAUCAAUCAGAACUUGGAUCGGAAAUCAGUAGCAUAACGGAAUAUAAAACAUAUCUGGGAGCUGUUAUAACAAGUCAAUCAUUUGAUAAAGUUCUGUCAGUUGGAGAUAAUCAAAUCAAAAUUCGUGAAUUAUCCCAAAUGAAUGAUAUGUAUAUUAUGAGUGAUGUUGAUACGGAUAAUAAUUUGAAUGAUAUUCAAAUAACCGACGAUGGCCAAUUAAUUGCAGUCACCUCAAUUUCUGGUCAAUUAUUUGUGUAUGUCACAAAAAUGCCAUCACUUGCAGCUGCUUAUUGCAAUACAAUUGCAUAUUUAACUGGAUUGACACAAAUAACAAUAUCAGCUGAUUUGGAUAAAAAACAAAUAACAACAUUGGAAAUUGGAAUUGAGCCAAGUUUAUUGGGAGUUGGGCCGAUGAAUUUUGCAGUUGCGACGAAUAAUCAAGUAUUUUUUUAUGAUUUCAAUUUUCCAACUUCGCCUUCUCUAAUUAUCCAACAAUCAUCUGAAAGAGUCACAUUUGCUGAACCAAUCAAUAAAUCCGAAUACUUGGCAACUGUCACAAAUGUUCAAUUAAAUAGUAAUUUCGCUGCAAUCACAACUGGCAAUAAACUUCGACUUCACAAAAUUCGAUACAGCGAGGAGAAUAAUGUCACUAUUGAUUUCCCCGAACCUUCGAGAAAUGCUCGACUUUUAUCUUCAGCGCUAACCGAUAAUUUCCUGAUUUUUUCAACUGAUGUAAGAAGAAGUUAGCAAAACAUUCCCAACAAUUUUAUUUUUUCAGACCAACUACAUUGUCUAUUUUUCAUUAGAUGAAUGGUCAAUUGUGAGUGAAUAUCGACAUGUUGUUCCACUUCGAAGUAUUUUUCCGCAUCCUACAAAUGUGAUGUGUUGUUGUUUUGAUGAUCGACUUGAUACGCUGAUUUAUAGCGCGGUUGAUGAUGGAAUUUUGAAGUUACCAGCUGUUGGGAGUACUGUACAUGUUAGUUUUGAAAGGGGGAGAAACCUAGUUAGGACAACUCAAAAAUAGAUCCUCGAGGAAUUAUUUCUCGAAUGCUCUAUGAAAUGCUCGGAAUACCUAAAUUCAAAGAAUUGAUAAAAUCUCAUUUCCAAAAAAAAUUGCCAGAAGCUAUUCACUUUUUAUUCAUAACUCUGACAAAAUUUAACCUAAUUCUUGAGAAUAGAGAUCGAAAAAAGAAAAACUUCAUAAACAAUCCGUAUUCUUCUAAUUUUCAUGUGAAAUUUCAAUUUUGAAAGAUUAUCGAUUGGAAAUUAUUGGUUUCAGUUAUUUCGAGAAGAAUAACUUCUAAUGUUACAUUUCACAAUUCGAUGUUCAUUUUUCUGUCUUUGUCUUGUGUUUCUCUAUCUUCUCAUAUACGAUGUUCUCGAUGAAAAUCGUGAAAUUUCCUGAUUUCACAAUUCACGAAAAAAUAACGAAUUGAAAAAAUAAAAAAAAGCGAGAGAGUGUUGCAUCUAGAAGAGACGAGGAGAAGGAGAGAAAAACACGACGGUUUGCAAACAUUUUUCCGAACCUCAAAACCGUUUUUUGUUUUUUCACAAAAAAUGCUAAAAUCCUUCAAACUUAACCAAAUUUCACAAUCUUUGCUGGAAAAAAUAGCAAAUUCUCGGGAAUAGAGAUUGCAAUAAGAAAAACCUCAAAAAAUUUUCUCGAAGGACCAAAAUACCAUGAUUAUAGGUUGUUAGCCUCGAUUUCCUCAUUUUCGUAGUCCGAAUUUUAUUUUUCUGCUUUUGCCUUGUCUUUCUCUAUCUUCUCAUAUAUAAUGUUCUCGAUCAAAACUGCGAUUUUUCCUGAUUUCACGAAAAAAACCGAAUUGAAAAAACGAACGAGAGAGUGUUGCUUCUAGAAGAGACGAGGAGAAGGAGAGAAAAAUGAGAGAUAGAAACUCGUAAGAGAGAACGCCAGACAACACGACUUUUGUGAAUUUUUUUUCUCAACCCCAAAACCAUUUUUCGUUUUUUCACAAAAAAUGCUAAAAUGCUUCAUACUCAACCAAAUUCAAAGAUCUUUGCCACACAUGUUCAAGAGAAAGAAAAUGAUGCAAUGCGCCUUUAAACAAAACUGAAAUCGGUGUCGCCUGCUAUGACAAAAUGGCUUAACCGAAAAAAUCACAACGUUCCGAAACGCAAUUGGGUGAGAGGAGAGAGAUUCUAGAGAAAGCAUACGUUUUUAGUGGGCAAACGUGCUCAAAUGAUAACCAGAAUUCUACUUUUUCAAACAUUUUCUGAGAGGUCGUUCAAACGUAUUGCCGACAUUGAUCAAACAAAUGGCCAAGCGCUAUACACACAUGUAUUAUUUUUCUUUCUUUUUUUGAAAAAUGAAGCGAGGCGACAAGAGUUCACGCGAAUAAUCAAAUAAACGUGAAUUCUUUUAUGUUUUUGUCUAAAUCUCUUCCUCUCACCCUAUUGCAUUUUAUCAUUAGCGUAAAAUGUUGUGAAAAAAUAUGAUUAGAUAUUCGAAAUCUACGUAUUCGAAUUUAGUUGAAUAACUAUGCGCCGAUUCACACACGUUUUUCCCAUGCAAUGAAGAGUCAUGGUAAGCAGUGACAACGGUGUUUGCGGACAGGUGUUUGCACACAUUUUGUUCUCACACAUCUCUCGCACUCUCCACUGUGUUUUUUUCUAAUAGAAAAAUGCAAUUUCGAGGAGACGCAGACACUCGCUGGUCUCGACGCGCUGUGUGUCUGCCACACACUAUUUCUCUCCCUUUUUCGGCGAGAGAUUUGUCUGCACACGUUAAAGUCUGCGUCUCCCUCGAAUUGCAAAAAAAAAUACAGUGUCUCCUCGUUUGUCACACUCUUUAUUUUUUUCUUGUGAAAAAAAGAGGUACGGUUUCAAAGGCGCAUGUGUUUUCAAUUUGAAAUGGUCUCGCAGCGGAGGCUAACUUUCUUCCCAGGACCCCUAAAAAUUAAAAAUAAAGUCAUUCGCACAGAUCUCGAUACGCUGAUUUUCGCUAUGUUUUUUGUUUUUGAUCAAGUAGGGGUAAUUAAACCGCUAGACGUUGCACCGUUUUUGUCGGCUGCGCGAUGAAAAUUGCACAACUUUCUUCUUUUUCAAACGUGUGUGGAUUCACCAAACACCCUAGGAAAAAAGUCACCAUCGCUUCGAGAUAUCGCUCGUAAAAAACAUUAUGUUCCUUUAAAAUUCUACCGUAAAAUGACAAAUAAAGAGUGUGAAACACGGAGAGAGUGCGAGAGAAAAAAAGGAAAAUCUGCAUACACACAGGUACGCAGAGUGUUUGCAAACAGUAAGACUCAUUGCACCGUUUGAACGUGUGUGUUGCGGCAAAAGAUAGCAAAUCCUCGAGAAUAGAGAUGGCAAAAAGAAAAACCUCGAAAACUUUUCACCAAACACCAAAAAAUGAUGAUUAUAGGUUUUUCGCAUUGAAACAUUCGAAUACCUGUCUUGAAAGUUCUACUAACCCAUCUAUCCAAGUUUCAAAAUUCAAUUUCAGUACAAAGGUGCACUUUGGGAAACGUUCACAAUCGAUAAAGACACCUUCGCAGUUUAUGACAAUCAAAAUAUCUAUGUAUUUCUCAUGACAAAACGACGAAUUGAAGGAGAAGGUGUUGCAUUUAUCGGAACUACAAAACUACCGUAUUCUCAUGUGCCUUUAACAUUGAACAAGGUAACCUCAUUAUUUUUUGGAAUUAUUUUUAAAACUCAAUGAUAUUUUUCAGGGACUUGUGAAAUGUCUGGUUCCUUCUGGAAAAAUUUCAUCAGUUCUUCUGAAUUCGCAUAGAACUGAUACGAUUUUGGAAAACAAAAAUAAUCAGCAGGUUAGCUAUUUCAAAAAAAUAUUUUGUUUUCUAAAAAAUUUGUUUUUAGAUUGGCGAGUUAUUGAAUCGAGCUUUAUUGA